UGUCAGUGCUACAGGUGGAAGAAGAUUCAUAUCUCUUUCUGUGGGUGCUUCAGGCCUCUUUGGAAGUGGAGGCAAUCAUGAGAAGGAGAAGCUUUCCCUUCAGGAUAUUGCUGAGCUGAUUCGUGCCAGAGCCUGCCAGAGAGUCGUGGCCAUGGUUGGGGCUGGCAUUAGCACACCCAGUGGCAUUCCAGAUUUCAGAUCUCCCGGGAGCGGCCUUUACAGCAACCUCCAGCAGUACAACAUCCCAUACCCUGAAGCCAUUUUUGAACUUGAAUUUUUCUUUCACAACCCCAAGCCCUUUUUUACUUUGGCCAAGGAGCUGUACCCUGGGAACUAUAGGCCCAAUGUCACUCACUACUUCCUCCGACUGCUCCAUGACAAGGGUCUGCUUCUGCGGCUCUAUACACAAAACAUCGACGGGCUUGAGAGAGUGUCUGGCAUCCCAGCUGGAAAGCUGGUGGAAGCUCAUGGGACUUUUGCCUCAGCUACCUGCAUAGUCUGUCGAAGGUCCUUCCCAGGGGACCACUGCUGGGCGGAAGUGAUGGCAGACCGGGUGCCCUGCUGCCCUGUCUGCACGGGUGUUGUGAAGCCUGACAUCGUGUUCUUUGGGGAGCCGAUGCCCCAGAGAUUCUUGCUGCACGUGGCUGAUUUCCCCAUGGCAGAUCUGCUGCUCAUCCUGGGUACCUCCCUGGAGGUGGAACCUUUUGCCAGUUUGUCUGAGGCUGUGCGGAGCUCAGUGCCCCGACUGCUCAUCAACCGAGAACUGGUGGGACCCUUUGCUUGGCGUCCUCGAAGCCGGGACGUUGCCCAGCUAGGGGAUGUAGUUCACAGCGUGGAAAAGCUGGUGGACCUUCUUGGCUGGACAGAAGAACUAAAGGACCUUGUUCAGCGGGAAACUAGAAAGAUAUAGACUACUCUCUCACCUUUGUACCAGCUGAAUGGAUGGGACAGGUAGGAGGGUAAUGGUUAGCCCAGGAGAAACUAUCAUACAGCAGAUUCACAUCCCAUUUCUAGUGAGACAACGUGUUUGAAGACAGCGUGGGCAGGUUCACAAAUCUUGGACAAAGCAGGAUACAACCUGAGCCAGAGCAGACUCUGAGGCUGCACUGGAACGUCUUCGUGGAUGGGCGUGUUUCACAUCACACACAUGGAUGGCAAAGAGCCGCUUACUUGCCUGUCUUCUUCGUCUAGUUCCUCACUCUGCUGAAGCUUGUAAUACACUUUCUGCUGGCAGUGGCUCUCUUGACCUGACUCACCGGAUCCUGGACUGGGCUUACUUUAUUGUACCAGGCUGUCGACGGCAGUUCAGCAUGUCUGUCACAAGACACAGGUCUGGGCCACACAGCCUUAGGUACCCUAGCACUGGACUAGGGUUGUCUAGUGUGCCAACCUCUGCAGUAGUUAAUCAGCAAAUUUCUCACAGGAAAUAAAUACAAAACCAAUCAUCCUUUUUGUCUUCUCAGGACAGCAAGUGUUGGUAUCAGAGUGGAAAGCUAACUUUGUGACAUGGUGUCCCCCUCUUGGGAUAGGAGGGACUGAACUCGUCUGUCCUUGAAUUGUGAAAAUGGUCCAGGCCUUUCAGAGCAGUCUGCCCAGCAGUUCCUAACCUUCCUCUUGUCCCCCACCCCUACACCUGGGUGUCUAGUGAGGGUACUGAAAACUUCAAACACAAUACACAGGUACCAUGUAUUAGGAAAUGUUACUGGCUCCACUGUUAGCCCCAGCUUGUACGGAUGCGUACUGGAUCUCCUAUUGUGUAGAGGUACUGUUUCCUACAUGGCCCAGACACAACUCUAAUAGCCGACCUCCUUAUCUGCCACCCAUAUGUGUGCCCUCCUUCCUGGUGCAUGCAGACCAUUUCCUGUCCAAGCUGCACCCGAAGGGGAGGGUGGGUGAUGGGAAAAGUUAAAGACUCCAUGGAAGGUGGUUCUGGGACCUUGCUUCUCAGUUAACAAGACAUGUGGCCGUCUGGAGGAGGUGUUAGAUUCUGAGAAUAAAACUAGCUUGGAUUUUUACUUAA